CGCGGAGGCGGCAGCAUGGCCGGGAUGUCGCUUCCGCCCCAUGCCCUCUACCACGGAGAUGACGGAGGUGGUACGAGCGAUAUACGAGUUGAUGGAGCAGUUACCCCUGUCGGGCGAGGAAGCCAAGGGCGUACGGAAAGCGCUGAGGCAGCUCCAGGUGGUGGAUAGGAGCUUCAUCCAGGAAAACUAUGUGAACCUGUGCUUCGCGGCCAAGGCGGGAGGCGAGGAAGAGAUCCGGGAAAUCUUUGAGGAGAUCCGACAGCGAGCUGCCGACCUGCAGCAGCAGCAGCAGGCGGGGGGCCCGAGCGUGAAGACGGACGCCGGCUAGGGAGGCAGCGGCUGUAGGCAUCCCCGGGGAGCGGAGGAGCAGAGGGGCAGAGCUGGAGGGUUGGGCAAGGAAAGGCUGGGGCAGUUGCAAGGGAGGGGGGGGGCAGGUUAGGGCAACUGCAAGGGGGCUCAGAUAGGUGCCCCAAAACGAAGAACCGAAGGUCGGGGUAGCUGAGAGGCAGUUGAGGUGUCUGAAGGGAGGAAAGGGUUGUGGGCCGACCGAUGCCGUGAGGGGGUCACAGCAUGGCGCAUGUGUUUGGGAAUGUCAUGGGAACGACAGGUACCGCGUUACUGUGCACCUGCGUGGUGCAUGCGGGCUCCAGCCGGUGGGCCCUGCUGCGUUUUGAUUCUCUGAGGGCCAUCUGCCACGCCAGUGCUUAAUUACGCCUGUCAUGGGAUGGGUGCUACGCGAAGCAGAUUUCAGUUCAGGAUUGGGCAAAGCUACCAGCCUUGCAAUACCGUGACAACCUUUGGACCAUGGUGCUUGUUGCGGUGGUUUGACCGUUGCACUCAUUAUUUUUUCCGGAACUUAUUGCGAAACUUGGCAUUGGAAGCGUUGAAUGCUGGCGGAAUGCUGAUGCCUAACCAAGCCAUCGCCAGCUAGGCGACCAUGCAGACUGGCACCCGGGAAUUUCAACCGGGACCUGCCGGGACACGUGUUACCUUUGGACAGGUGCACCAUGGCAUGGCAUGACAAGGCGCACGAGGCCACCCGCCGCGGUGCUGCACGGCUACGGACCUCGGGAAGCGAGCACAGUGGCGGGUUGGGGGGUCAACUAGAUUGGCGUGUCUGUUGCUGUUGGGGCCUCGGGCAUUCGCCCCUACGAUCGCCGUGGCUAAGUGCCUGCGUCAUAACCUCGCAGCAGCUAGCUUACGGCCGAGCCGCAUGCCCCUUACCUGCGAACUCGUGUAGUCCCCGCUAUCCGGCAUGUUGACAUUGAAGAUUGCGGCAUGCGGCGGCUACGGAGCUACGAGUGGGAGUGCUGAAGGCUACACUGUAAGCAACGUCCGUGGGUGCAGGAUCAUGAGGACUGGGGCCUUAAGGAGGUGCUGUAAUGGAUGG